AUGGCAGUGGGCACGGUGGAGGAGGAAGCGGUCAUGGCAGUGAGCACAGUGACGGAGGAGGUGGUCAUGGCAGUGGGCACGGUGGAGGAGGAAGCGGUCAUGGCAGUGAGCACAGUGGCGGAGGAGGCGGUCAUGACAGUGGGCACGGUGGAGGAGGAGCCGCUCAUGGCGGCCACCAUCACGGUGGCUGCAGUGCCAUGCAUGGCGAUUACACUAUCAAGCUGCAUGUUUUGGCUAUCUUUAUAUUUUUGGCUGCAUCAUUUGUCGGCACAGCUAUUCCUGUUGCCGGAAAGUAUGUACCUGCUCUUCGGAUGA